AAACUCUGCGCUCCCGAAGGCAGCCAUGGCGGAGGGUGCCCUGCAGGAGCUGUGCGAGGAGGCCACUUGCUCUAUCUGCCUGGAGCUUUUCAGCGACCCGUUGAUCCUUCCGGAGUGUGGACAUAACUUCUGCCGCGCCUGCCUGAGCCAAAGCUGGGGAGGGGAGCCGACGGGUGCCGCUCUUGCUGAGCCUGGGGCCGCCGUUGCUGAGCCUUCCAGCUGCCCCCAGUGCAGAGCCAGGGUGCGUCAGGGGUGCCUCCGCCCCAAUCUGCAACUGGCCAACUUGGUGGAAAUCCUGAAGAAAUUCGGCUCCCGGGAGGGCAGGGAGGGGGAGGGGGGAGCCUGCCAGAAACACGGGAAGCCCCUGAAGUUCUUCUGCAAGGAGGACGACGCCCCCGUCUGCAUGGUCUGCGGGCUCUCCAAGGAGCACAAAGGUCACCAGGUGGUUCCUCUGGAGGAGGCUUUCUGGGAAAGCAGGGCAACCGUGGCCGCCCAAAAAGGGAGAAUUUGUCAGAAGCACCAGGAGCCCAUGAAACUCUUCUGCAAGGACGACGAAGCUCUCAUCUGUGUGGUCUGCGACCGAUCCAAGGAACACAGAGAUCAUAAAACCCUUCCUCUGGAGGAGGCCUCCCAAGAGUACAAGGAUCAGUUCUGCAGCUGUCUGGAGAUUCUGAAGAAGAAGAGAAAGAAAAUUGUUGCCUGUAAAGAAGACUUACAGAAGGAAAGCCAAGAUCUGCUCAAGCAAACCACAGGAGAGAAGCAAAAGACAGCAUCCAAGUUCAGGCAGCUGCACACAUUUCUGGAGGAACAAGAGAGACUUUUGCUGGCCCAGAUGGAAGAGGUGGAGAAGGAGGUGGCAAGGAAAAAGGACCAGCAGCUGGGCAGACUCGCCGAGGAACUUUCCUCUCUGGAAAACCUCAUCCGGGAGAUGGAAGAGAAGUGUCAACAGCCAGCCAGUGAUUUCCUGCAGGAUGUCCACAGCACCUUGCAGAGGCAUGAAGAGGAGGAGUUUGAGAAUCCACUGACUUUUCCUCUUGCAUUGAAAUGGAGGAUCUGGGACUUCUGUGACAUCAAUCACUUGCUGGAAGGUCUCAUGAAGCAGCUAAAAGACAAUCUGGAUUCUGGACUUUACCUGCAGAAAGCGAAUGUGACUCUGGAUCCAGAUACGGCCCAGCCCUACCUCAUCUUGUCUAAGGAUCAGAAAAGCGUGAGGCAAGGGAAAACUCCUCAAGCUCUGCCCAACAAUCCUGAGAGAUUUGAUAGGUGGUAUAUUGUUCUGGGCCGUGAGGGAUUCACAGCAGGCCGCCAUUUCUGGGAAGUCCUUGUGGGAAAUGAGGGAAGAUGGUUGGUGGGGAUGGCCAAAAAGUCUGUGAACAGGAAGGGAAGUAUCACCUUUAGUCCCGAGGAAGGGUUCUGGAAGGUGGGGAAGUGGAAUGGAGAUUAUAGGGCUGUCAUAAAAGACCUUUAUCCUCCCCUGACUCUGACAGGGGAGCUCAAGAGGAUCCGAGUCUGUCUGAACCACACUGGGGGGCGAGUGGCCUUUUUCGAUGCUGACAGAGCAGCCCUGAUCUACGAGUUCUCUGGAGCCUCCUUCUCUGGAGAGACCCUCCUGCCCUCCUUUUGGGUGUGUUUAGAAGGCCACCUCCAACUCUGUUAAGGCUGUCAUUUUGCACCAGGGCUAUUAAAAAUAUAUAUAUAUUUCUUAAGGUUCCCAUUUUAUAGUUCUGAAAAGAACUGCGCCAGGGUCCCAACUGCCAAAACUGAUAAAUAAAAUUAAGUCUGUUUUCCCCUUCAAUCUCCCAGCAUUCCCUCUUUCUUUUGCAGUUGAUUUCAGAAACAGACAAUGCCCCAUUGCACAUACUAAAUAAAUAUUGAAUUAUAACAGUUCUGGACCAAAAGAGAGGUCUAAACAGACCAGCAGGCUUUGCCUAACCCUCAUAACCUUUAAUCCUGCCCUUACCCCAUUUUUUUCUCACUCUCCCUCCACAAUCUCUGCCAGCUGUGGAGAGAAAGAGCCCCCCCCCCCCAAAAAAAAUCUUCCUUACUUCUGGAAGGAAAGCUAGAUAAGAUGUUUGGAAAUCAUUUGUAAGAUGUCACACCCUUUCAUUUUCAAGCUGUGAGGCAGAUAGGGAGGGAGGAAGCAGUGCCAAUGGGGGUCAUUUUAUCCUUCCCCCAAUCCCCUUUUUCGUGAUGUAAAAUUUUCUCCUUUGGCUACCAUACAUUGCAUGUAUGUCUGUGUGGGGAGGCAGUUUUCAAUGUGUUUGAGAUGUCUUGUUUGUAUUAAAGGCUGUAUUAAACUCC